AUGGCCGAGAACAACUCCUCAUCCCUCGACUACGCUCGCUACACCCCCGCCCACGAGGACCGCUACGUCCACUCCAUGCGCCAGCUGAUCUCCAAAGACCUCUCGGAACCCUACAGCAUCUAUGUCUACCGCUACUUCCUCUACCAAUGGGGGGACCUCUGCUUCAUGGCUUUCGACAGCCACUCCCAAAUCCCGGGCCCGGACUCUGCGCCCCCUAUGGUCGGUGUCGUUGUCUCCAAGCUCGAGCCGCAUCGCGGUGGUCCGUUGCGCGGGUACAUUGCCAUGCUGGCUGUGAGCGAGGAAUACCGGGGGAAAGGGAUUGCAACAAAGCUGGUUCGAAUGGCAAUUGAUGCGAUGGUGGAGCGAGGUGCUGAUGAGAUUGCCCUCGAAACAGAAAUCACGAACACGGCCGCUAUAAAGCUCUACGAGCGGUUAGGAUUUCUGCGGAGUAAACGGCUACAUCGAUAUUAUCUGAAUGGGAACUCAGCAUACCGACUCGUGCUCUAUUUGAGUGAGGGCGUGGGUUCUAUCAGAUCUCUAGACCCGUACGGUCCUCCACCUGAACAUAUUCCUGCCGCCCAUUCUCAUCCUCAUCCUCCGCCCCCACUUCCGGUGCUACAUGAGAAUGGCGGAUGA